AUGGUUAACUCACACACGGCCGCCACUUUGAGCGAUAUGAAGAAGCACGGGACAUCGGAGAGUAGCUACAUGGAACUUAAGGUUGAAUCCGAAGCUGUGUACCCACUAUCCGAAGCGGAUAGACCUGGAGGAAACAAUACACAAGAUAGCGUUCGCACCGGCGCAGUGUGCGAUGUUUUGCGACAAACUGAUCGUUGGCAACCGAUGACAUCGACAGCGAGCACAUAACUACCCUUACCACCAUCGUCAGUGUAAUAGCACCUGUACAGCUGAGGUGCUUGGAAUUCAUCCUUUCAAUGUAAAUUAUCUGGCAUCCCGAAUAUGGUUGGGCCAGCCUUGCACUUCUUC